AUGCAACAAGCGGAGCUGAUCGUUGCACAACACCACGGGAAGCAUUCCCUAACGAUCGACGGAACAUCCUAUCCGCUGCCAAUUCUACUGGAAGACGGUGCAACGGAAGUGCGACUGCACGAGCUUCCACCGUAUGUCACGGGAGCUGAAAUAGAAACAGCGAUGUGUUGUUUCGGCAAGGUAGUUUCGAUCACCGAGACGGAGUACGGUCCGGAUAGUAAAGUGCCGGGGAAAAAAACCGGGAUUAUCGCGGUAAAGAUCAUCCUUAGAUCACCGGCAAUCCAAAUCGGACCAACAAUGACCAUCGCAGACGAGCGCACCACUGUCACUUACAAUGGGCAAAAUCCAUACUGCCGGUAUUGCCUAAUGCCCGAACAUACUGGUAUGGGAUGCAUGCAGAGCAAGCGCAGCCUCGCUAAGCAAGGCGCGUCAUAUGCCGGAGUGACAAAAGCAACAGCACCAGCAUCAGCAUCCAGAAACAAUACACCAUCGAAGGCUCCGGCAAAAACGCUAAAAGAUACGGCUGCUCCGCAUGCUAGCAAAGCCAUAGCACCGAAGGUCUAUGCGACACCGAAGGCCCCGACGGUAGCACCGAAGGCUCCGACCGUGUCACCGAAGGCUCCGACUGUAGCACCGAAGGCUCCGACCGUAGCACCAACGGAACCGACCAUAGCACCGAGGGCUCUGACGGUGGCUCCGACGGAAGCAAGCAGCGCACCGACAGCAUCGACAUCAUCAGCACAGGGGAAGGAAUACGAGUGCACUACGGCGCUUGUUGUACCUGUGUUCAAAAUUCCUCGAGAUCCCUCUCCCACACCUCCCACCACCAAUCCUGACCCUGAUACUAAAGAUUAG